ACUCAAAGACCAUGUGACUGCAUUAAAGCCAAUCACAGUCCACAGAUCACACCCAUUUUAAGACUGAAAGUAACUCUUACAGCGGGAAAGGCUACUUCACAGCAGUUCUCUCAUGUCUUUCUUUUGUUGAUUUGGACAUUAAUUAAUUGUCUGUUAGGAGUGGAACUAACUGAGACUGGGAGAGGAACGCAAAUUCACAACGUGACGUUUGGACAAUAAAAAUGGAAACUGGCUAGACAUUUCCUGUAGUAAAUGGAUUAUACCUGACAACACAUACCAGAGGAUAUUAUUUUUUUCACGUUUUGAGGCUAUACCGUGUUUGUUUACAAUUACGAUGUUAACAAAUGUUGCCAUAAAGCAAGCUUAUAUUCUGGGUUCUGAUGGGGUACGACAGUUGAACUAAGCUCAUUAGUUAUUUUUCAACUAUAUUCUUCUAGAAUCAAUGGCUUAGCAAGAACAUUACUGCUUUAUAAGUCCAAAAGUGGAUGUAGCCACUGCGGGUGCCCCUUUUGGAGAGAAAAUGGCCACAUCAAAAGAUCAAGAUGUUGAGAACUGUGAAACUAACAGUCCUGAACAGUCAAAUCCUCUGCUACCCCAGUUGUCACAACUUGAUGAGCUCUCAAACGUAAUUGAAAGGGCAGAACCUAGUAAACAGGAAUUGAAGACUUUAGUUUCACUUCUUCUGUCUCUCGGUGAUAAUAUCGAACGCGAUUUAAAACAACAGAACUUAAUGAUAGAUAGGCUUGAAGUCAUACAUACAAAAAUCAUGGACAAACUUCGUCCUGGUGAAAAGGAUGGUAGUAGUUUCAUCACUGGAACAAUAAGACAGUUGUACAAAAAGGCACUGGAUUCAGUAGGAACAAUCAUCACUAAACUGGCCAAAGAGAUUGGAGUCAACUAUUCAGAGUCAAAUAUGUGUCUCCAAAAAGAGUUUGGCCUUAAAACCCAUUGUCCAAAUGAAUGUUUGAAUUGCAACCAUAUAAAGAGCUCAAUGUCCUGGAUUCAGGUUGAACCCUCCGUGUCCACAGAGGAUGAGACCACCGUCUACACACUCGACUCUUCUGCAGCAGGGCAUUACGAGUGCAUCUUAUCAGGGCUGCGGUGGGUAUGUGAGAGCAAAGUCAGUCUGCGAUACCAGUUCAGCUCCUGGGAGCCUCACAGGGCCACUCUGAACAACAUGCGGUUUGAAGAAGGAGGUCCAUUACUGGACAUCACAAUGAUUUCUGGCAAACUAGAGGAAAUUAGUCUGCCACACUUUGUCUGUAUAGAUCCAGACUACCCACAAUCCUCCUUGAGAGAAGACAUGAAGGUUCUACAUGUGAAAGACAACAGAGUGCUUGUGGAAGAAGUGGAUGAGGUGACGGGGUUCCACGCCAAACUGCUUCGUCCCUCCUUCUCUGGCAGGGGUUUGGUACUGAGACGUGGGUUGCAUUGGAGAGUGCACUGUGACCUUCUGAUAUUUAGGUCCACCAGAGCACUCCUCACCUUACACACAUAUCUGAUCCGAUGGGAUCCUUCUCUAGCACGGGAGGUGGAGGCCCAGGAGAUGUCCUAUGGGUUCUUAAGACUUCCAAAGCCAAGGCCGGAGACGUCCCUUCGCAAGGGGAGUCGCUUCACCCUCAAGACCUCGUGUCCAGCCUCGAUUACGCCAGAAAAGAUCAAGCUAAGAAGCACCAGGCCAAACUACUUUGAAGUGUACAUAAAGGACCCUGCGAAGGACUUUGAGAUGGAGUUGAUAAGUGAGAAGGGAGAAUCUGCAUGGAAAGCUGAAAUACGAACAGAGGAAUACAGAGAUGAUUCAUCCACAAGAGACAUUGAGUUUGUUGAUGAAUUCAGACCACAGAUCAUUCAAAGAGUCAAUAAUGUGUUUGCCAUAGCAGAUAUUCUCUUCACGAAGGGCAUGAUCGGUGAAGAGAUCAAUGCAAAUAUCAGCGCUGCACCGACCCGCCAGGCCAAGAUGAGAGUGAUAUACGAGGCACUGAAUUCAGGUGGACCACACGUCAAAGCUGCAUUCUUUACUGCACUCAAAGAAAAGGAACCCUUUCUAGUCAAAGACUUGGCUCAAUAAUACCUUAAUCGCUCAAUCUCUAACGCACCUCUACGAGACCAUUAUGCCUAGACACUUUAUUGAGCAUGUUCUCCUUCAGUCCAGCAGGACAGAGGCAAGAGGAGGAGUGAGGAGAACUAUGAAAGAAGAGACUUUUCAGGUGUCAAGAAUAGCAGUCCAAGGCCCAGUUCUCUGUGACAUUUUAGUGACUUUCACUCACACAUGGAGCACAAAGAAGAAUGAACGUUGAGAGAGAAUUGACAUUGAUUAAAGAAAAUAAGACACAUUUGAAAUGAAUUGGGACUGGAAUUCUAUAAAAUAAUAAUUAAAGGGUAAAUAUGUUAAAAGGUUGAAAACAUUGGGAAAUAUACAGUGGAAGAUAUUAAAGGGUGAUUAAAGAAAUGCAGUAAAAUGGUUAAGAAUGUUAUAAUGAUGGUUGUUUUUAAGGUACAGUAUAUCUGGAACAUGUUUAAGAGUCUUGGAGGAGGUUGAUAUUGACAUGGUGUAAUGAUGAAAUGUUAUGUUUAAAUGAUGAAAUGUUUAAAAUGUUGGACGUUUAAGAUGUAAUGGGAGUAAUAAAAUAGGUUGGAGUAAGAUUAGAAUUGAGUGGAAUGAGAAAGGUUCAUGUCUGGAAAGGAAUGUUUUAAAAGUGAAUGAUAAUGUAGUAUCCUAAGGAUGCUAGCUGGACUAGCUCCCCAGGUCAGAACAGCCAGGAGGAGGCAGGAAGAGGUACGCGUGCGGUGGAGGUGGGCGUCCUGUCUAGGCAAGAGAAAAUUCCCCUUCUGAGAAAUGGCCGCAUUACAGUAGGUGUUAACCACUGAAUGCGUGCGUCAUCGGAGCAGAUCUUUAACCACCAUGAGCUAGCAGAAUACGAGGAGUGAAAGAGGCAGGAUUUUUGGGAGAGGUACGACUCUCUUUGAGCUUGCUAGAAGAACCUGUUCAGCUGGAGGAAGAUUUUGCUUAAAAUGCAUCGAUAUUUAUUCUUAGUGUUUAAGUAAAAUUCUAGGGGGUACACUGAAGGUUACCUCAUUGAUAGGAGUGUUAAAGUAGUUAGAGUUGUUAAACACCGACUGAAGGACUGAUCAUCCCGAGGGGGAAGACAAAAAACGGUUUAUAAAUUGUAAGAAAUGUUUUUUCUUGUUAUUAAAUACUGUGCUUCUCAUAAAAUUGUAAAAGGACAAACAAUAUAUUACUGGCACCCUAAUAAUGGGUUAGUUAAGGGCGCUGGGGGCAUCUAUGAAUCUAAUCCAGGAUGCAUUUUCACAUAUCGAUUUGUGAUAUUUAUUUGUGAUUGAUUGAUUGGGGAUUUUUUUAUGUAUUUUUUUAGAAUUUUUAAUAAACUUGCUUUAUUGUUCUAAAA